AUGGCAGACAAAAGUGUGGCCGUGAGGGCCGUCUCGGCCACCCUGAUGUCGGUGGCCAUUGUCACUGUGGCCUUGCGCUGUUAUGUGCGGGUACGCCUCAUCAAGUCCUUCGGUGCUGACGACUGGACCAUGCUCGGUGCCCUGGCUUGCUACAUCUUCCUGGCGGCCUGUAUGAUCGGGGGCAGUCUACAUGGAAUGGGCAAGCAUGCCAUAGAUCUGGCACCAGCCGAGCAAGUGGUCGCAAGAAAGUAUUUCUGGUUCUGCGAAUUCUCCUACUGCUUCGCUACCGUCGGGUGCAAAGUGUCGGUCUCGCUGUUCUUGAUGCGUGUCACGAUCCGUCGUCUUCAUCGCUGGAUUCUAAUCUCUGUGAUCUUCCUGACGGCCGCCACGGGCCUCGUCCUUUUCUUCGUCCUUGUCUUGCAGUGCUCGCCUCUGAACGCGGCGUGGAAUAACCCGACUUCGCCGACAUGCAUCGAUCCCAACAUCAUUAUCGAGGUGCUCUACGUCUACAGUGCCCUCGUGGCACUGUGUGACUUUACCGUGGGAAUCCUGCCUGCGUUCCUGGUCUACAACCUGAACAUGACGUGGAAGAACAAGGUUGCCGUCACGGGCAUUCUGAGUAUGGGUUGUGUUGCCUCUGUCGCCAUUCUUGUCCGCUUCCCUUACGUCAAAACCUUGCGCGAGCCUGACUUUCUCUACUCCAUCGCCGACCUCUCAAUCUGGUCCAGUGUCGAAGCAGGCCUAGGAAUCGCAGCAGGUAGCCUGGCAACCCUACGCCCCCUAUUCCGAUGUAUGCGCGAGUCGAUCGUCGACAAGAACAGCCAGGGCCAACAAUGGCCGUCCGACGCCCCAAGCAGCAACCCCCAAGACACCCGGAACCGGCACCGCUUUCCGAUUCCAAAGAGGUCAUCCCCCAAAUCAACCGACUAUGACCCCGAAGCCACGCUGGCGGCCAGCGAUAACUGGUCCGGGAAGUGCAUCUUGACCGAGAGCAAUACGCCCAGUGAGCAUGAUUUCAAGGUCGGGCAGGAAUCUGUCAUUGAGCUCUCAAGGAAAGAUUAG